AUGGAGACUGCACCCGAGCCCGUCCACGCGACGCUCACGCUGGCCAACAACGAGCUCGUGCACUACUGGACCCACGGCCCGUUGCGCGCGGCCAAGACGUUUGUGCUUCUUCACGGAGCCCCGGGGGCCAAUACGGACUUCAAGUACCUCGCGCCGCUGCUGCUGGCCGAGCCCGACACCAACGUCAUUGCGUUCGACUUGCCUGGGAGCGGCCAAACGAGCAUUGCGGCGGCCGGCGGGAUUGCUGGCUUUAGCUCGACGGCGAUCGCGGACGCGGUCGUCGAGGCGCUGCCGCAGCUCGGUUUGAAGAACAUGUUUCUGCUCGGUCAUUCGAUGGGCGGGCAAACGUCCAUGCUCGUGGCCGCCAACCCGGCGCUCGCACCGACUCUUCGCGGCCUCGCGUUGCUCAACCCGACGGGCUUUAGCCCGCACCAAAGCUGCCGACCGUACGUGUUUGCCAAGCUCUGGGCCAGCGCGCUGCGGUACUUGGGCGACGGCCCCAACUUUCUCCAGGGCUGGACCCACUCCUUUUACCUCAAGUGGCUUGGGUUUCCCAAGUCGACGCCGCCGCUCGUGUGCGUUGCCGCCAUGCUGCACGUCGCGUCGCCAGACUUUGAGCGAAUCAAGGCGUCGGCCCACGCAAUCAAAGGCCGCGGGGUGCCCACGUUCAUGGCGCUUGCGGCCGACGACCGCAUCAUCGAGGUCUCGCUCGGGAAGGAAGUCGCGAGCGUUCUCGAGCCGAGCGUCCUGAAGGAGUAUGCCAAAGGCGGUCACAACAUUCAAAAGACGCAAGCCGCCGACCUUGGGCCGGCCCUCGUCGCAUGGAGCCAUCGGAGCAUGCUCUAAACUCAAAUAUAGUGUGUGUGUAUCGGUGUCGA